GGUUUUUGUCGGCUGUAAAGAAUAUUUUCGUAUGACCAGCUUCUGCUUUGGAAAUACAUCAAUUUGAGAGCUGCGCAUACUAUUUGAAUGAUUUCUUUAAGCUCAAAAGUAAAUUUGCCUGUGGAAAACGUCAAAUGACUGAGCUGCAAGUUCAGCAAACCACAGCACAGUGGCCAAAUGCUCAGGAGAUGCCCUUCUGGCUUGAAAAAGCCAUCGCUUGGGGCCAAAUUGACACUCCACACACAGGGAAAGACAUCUCCUUACACUUGAAGAGACUGAGGGAUUUCCUCCAGCAGCUUCUCUCAGAAAUCAGCAGUGUGAGCUCCACAACAGAAACAUUGAAUACGCUUCCAUUAUUAGGUCAGCUUUUAGGCCGGCUGUGCUGGAACCCUCAUGUCACUGCAGAAGAUGAAAGUAGAAGACUUCUCCUCCAGUGUUUGUUGGCUCUGUAUUCUGAGUAUCCAAGCAAUGCAGUGGAAACAAAAGCCAACCAGUGGAUACAGAAAGUCCUGUGUCAUCUGGCUACAGAUGAAGAAGAUGGUGCAGCCGUGGACCUGAUGAAGCAUUUAGGAGUGCCAACCAAAGAAUACCAUCUUAAAGUGCUGAGAAAGAUGGUGACAAGAAUACAGAAAAGCAUUGGGAAUAGUCGGUGUUCUGAGAGCAGCACAAAUAAGGGGUGUUCAUGUGGCAGUAUUUGGGCUGCGUCUGAGGCUUGUGUGCCUCUCAUCACAUGUCCUGAAGCAUCUCCUCUUAUUGGUGCUUUGCUGCAACAGCAGAUGACUUGCAUCAGAGAAGGUCUGAGUGAAAACUUCCUUGAUACUCUACAUUCUGCCUACUCAAGAUGCGACCUGCUACUGGACGAGCAGGCAGUUGUUUCUCUGUGGUGUCAGAGCUUACACAGCCUGGAGGAAGCUGUGCUCAGUCUGUUGGAGUCUGCUACUAAAGCAGAAUCAACACCAAACAAGGUGGAGGAGCAAGUGUCAAAGUCGUUACUGCCUAAAGCUUGUGCUCAGCAUUGUUCAGUAUUCCUGGUUGUAAAUGACAUCUUCAGGACUGUUCUUAAACAGACUGAAAGGAAUGAGCGUAUUAAAAAUGUUUUUCAAACAUUUACCAAAUUCUUCUUCGUGGAGCUUUCACGACUGCAGCCUCGGACAUCUGCAUCUUUAAAAGCCUUCUUCCCACAGUCCCCUCCAACUCUUCUGAUUCCUCUCUUUACCAUGCCUUCAGAGAUGCCUCAGGAGAGUUUGAAAAACCACCUGAUGUGGGUCAGCAGCUCAUUACAGAGGCUGACUGAGGAGGAAGAAGAUGAGGAAAACUCAGAUAGAAGCAACAUCAGAGGGAACCAUAAAGUGUUUGAGGCAUGGUUCCUGCUGGUUCAGUGUGCCUACUGGAUGCAGGUGGUGGUCCAACUGCUGGUCACAUCAGGUCCCGACGACUGUGGUCCCCUUCUCUGGUUACUGACCUUUUAUCAUCACCCCACCAACAGGUGGCACCAUAGAGCUUCACAGCUGGUCCAGGCCAAAGCAGCGUGGGACCACCUGUACAGUCUUUUCUCCAGCGCGGCUCAUCCUCUUCCUUCUGACCACCUGCAGUCUUUUAUCAAUCUGCUGGCACCAAAACCUCAGCAGCCGUUACUUGCCCCGUCGUUGACCCUUAACCUUUUGGUUAACUUUGCUACUUUUGGUCAACUUCCCCUGAGCAUAUCAGCAGAGAUUACACAGAAGGUGGUGCAUCAGUCUGGUCUGCAGGAUGAAGCGACACGUGUUCUCAGCUCGCUGCGUCUCAGACUGACUGACCGAGGCAGCUUUGCAAACGACAGAGUUCAUCUCAGGAUCGAGGAACUUCACAACACAAUAAAAAACAAAUGUAAGCCAGAUGCACGCUCACAAGCUGACACAUAGCUUCGCUGCUGUGUUGUCCUACAGUGGAGGGAGGCUGUUGAAAACAUCACAGUGAGGACAGAUUGCAGGACAUGAGGACACAGUUAUAAACACACAUGUAAGACAGUUACAUGUCCCACAAACACUGUUGAGCAGUGAAAGAUGCCCGUGUUAGGAAGCAUCUGCGUGUACGUGUCAGAGUCUGCCUGCUCACUAAAUUUCUACAAGUCCCAUCAAACUGCACAGGCUGAACGCAAGACAACAGUAAGAAGUACUCUACAGUAUCAGUGAUUGUGCUUUACUUGUGCAAACCUACUGUGCAUGGAAUAUUGCAAGUAUGUUAGAAACUGUCAAUAGUUCUGCUCAUUUGUGUAUUGUGUAUUUCUUUGUCAUUGGGAUCACAUUUACUAUGACAAACACAAACGUAAGCACCCAUUGUGAAAUGCAUAUAUACUUAAUAUUUCAGAUUUCUAUGAAGAAUGUAGACAUUUCCUUGAUAUCUAGUUUUAAUUUGUAAAUUUACUGUAAAAUUGGAUUUAUUUUAUUUACACUUGAAAAAAAAGAAAAGAUAAAGAUCUAUCAAACUUUCCUGUAUGUGUUCAGACAAGAGAUGCAUUUAUGUCAAAGCACAUAAUUUCAACUAUUUUAUUUGGUUAAUUUAUGAAUAUGGUUUCUAGCUCUUUCACCUCAGAAAAUGUGUAUAGAAUCGAGUGAUUGACAAAAAUAGAUUUUCCUAUGGUAUUGUGAUUUGUGUCAAUGUGCUUGUAGAAAAAGAAACAGUGACUUGCUUUGUUCUCUUACAGUGUAAAGUUAUAAUAUUUAAUUUUUACUCUUGCCAGAAUUUGAAUUUAGUUGCCUCUGUUUGCUUUCAUUAUUUGUUUAAAAAGAUGUUGUCUUUCAAAGCAGCUUGUGUUGCAUCUGUCUGAAAUAGAUGGAAAAUUUGCUAUGUGGGGCAGGUGUUGCCUAGUUGUGCAGCAUUGUAACUUUUUUAUUUUCAAGGUGUCCCACAAAUUUGGAUGAAAUUUUAGAAGUAAAUUCCUGCAGCAACUAAAAAAAAAAGAAAAGAGCACUGCAUUUCUUAACCAAGUUUACUUCUGAUAUUUUGAACCUACUUGCCUAAAGUUCUUUAAAUUUGGUUUAUUCUGGUUUUGUCAUGUUCUAUAUAGAAUGGGUCUCAUUGAUAGAAUUUGAGUUUAGGAUAAACAGAAAACACAAGAAACAUAUCAUUUAUU